GUCCAACGAUGUUGUCUUGCUUAACCAUACAUAAUCAACAAUCGGAGAUUCUUUCCACCAAAAUUCCUUCUCUCUCAUUCGAUCUUUUCUCUGUAUUAGUGCUUUCAUCGGGUCUCUGCGGUGCGAUUGCUCUCCACUUUUCGUUUUCGCCCAGUGUACUUUCGGCGUAAAGGUUGUUUCCCGGUUUUGUACAAAUCCUGAGGGGAUAACUUGGAUAUAUGGCAACCAAGCGGCAGGUUCGUUAUAGCCCUCUUGCUAUUGAUGAUGAUGAUAAUCGUGGGAAAGCAUUUGACCCUCGGUUCGACUACUCGCCCAGAGCCCAUGAUAAAAUCCCUUGGAAAUCCAUUGCCCUCGCGUUCUUUCUGCUUGCCCUAGGAUCAAUGCUUCUCUUUCUGGCCGCCUUCAUCUUCACUGGACACAUGGGAGGAGAAACGUCCCAGGCUUAUGGUCUUUUGGCCCUUGGAUUUCUUGCAUUCCUUCCAGGGUUUUACGAGACUCGGAUAGCAUACUAUUCAUGGAGAGGAGCCAAAGGAUAUCGCUUCGCUUCGAUUCCUGAUUACUAGUCCUACAUAUGUUGUUUGUUUCUCAUGAUAAUAUUGCCUUUUUGACUCUCAUUAGUUUCUGCUUGCUGCUUCAAACAACAGUGUCUUAGAAUCCCUUUUUUGUUGUUUAGGACAUACACUUGUAAUUUGUUUUGGUGUUAAUUCAAUCUUGAUUUUGUAUAAAAAUUGGUCUCUUGUCCAGAACCAGCACAACCUGACUCAUCAAGACAGUGGAACACAAACUUUUAGAUCUU